CACGGUUCUGCCAUUACUACCAUUAUUUGCAAGCAAUCCACCAAAAGAACUUCCCAACCCAUUCACGAAAUAUAUACACCUCUGCAACUGGAACUGGAACUGGAACCCAUUGGAGAAAAACAAAAAAUCAACAACCCACUCGAGGAUUCGCACCGAACCAUGUACCACCACCGACCCGUGAGUUUCACCGGGAGMGCAAACUCCCACGGGAGAACCAUGCAAGGCAGCAGCAGCAUCGGCCUCGGCCAARACGAGAACCUCMUGGUCCGCCGUGCGAGCCAGCACAAGCCAUCCGGGGGGAGYCACGGUUCCGCAAAGAAAAGCGUCCUGGGAGCCAGGUCUUCCGGUGCAUCCAACGGCCUGUCGAGGACCCCGGCCGGCAAAAAAAAUUCCACCACCCGCCGCAGGGCCUUUGGGGACAUUUCCAACAAAAAAGGCAGCAGCGGCAGCGGCCGAGGCGGCUUUGGGCGGGACCUUUCCGCGAAGGGGCAGGCAGCAUCCUCGCUGCAAAAGACACACGCCGGUGAUGUCCUCAAGCCCCGGUCCGUCAAUCUCUUGCCGAGGCCUGCCCGCGCACAGUCCUCGCAAACGUCGAGGUUUUUGGUCCUUCCGGAAGCCCCGAGGCCGUCCGGUGCAAAGCCUGCCCCACAGGUGCGGCCYGCGAAGCAACAGACCGUCCGACAAAYCCRAAACCCCCCUCCGGCGGCCACCACGCGCAUGAGAACCCGUGCCCUGGCGAGGGCGGAAUCCGUCCCCGACAUCGAGCUUCCMGCGGGGAGGACGUGGAAACARCAGCUCGAGCACGAGCUGAAACACGAGGACGACYUCGCCUCGACCCUGUCGCUGGACAGCAUCCUCGACCUCGACGGCUGCCCCACCCCGCGCGAGCAGUGGGAGCGGGAGAUGGAACUCGAGUGGGAGCGCCAGAAGGACGAGGCCGGGGAGGACGAACGAAGACUCGAGGACCAGCUGAGGGCGAUGGCGGACCGAGACCGCAAGGAGACCGAGGAGGGCCUGGUCCGCCUGUACGAGACGAUCGACGACCUGGCCAUUUUCAGCGACGACGAUGGCAUCGACCUCGGAGUAAGUGAGGCACUGGGAGACGGCCGGAGCCUCUCGGACUCUUCCGGUCUGGACCUCGACUCCUCGACGGACGACGACGACKAUCUUUUGUUGUCGAUCUGAGCGYGGGCAGCGAGAAGCAGCGCUGCGSGAGRGCCAUUGGUGCCACCUCUGUGCCCUUGACCGCCACUGCAAACGCCGAGCUCCACAGGACCCGGGCAGCGRAGGUGUCGAGACCACGACCAAUGCUUGGUUUCGUCGCAAAUACCGGGAAUCGAGGAUUCCCGAAUCAACSUCCUGUUCGUGGGUCUAUUUGRCGGACGGAGGGCCGAAUCCAUMGAAAGCGGCAACACGGAACAAAAUUUCGUUCGUUCGUUUGGAUUCUAAAGAAUGCGUGAAUAUAAGAGAGUCAACAGUUUCCGCUGGCGUGCUGUAGCUUGGCAGACACAAACGGAUCAAAGCAUAGCGUCGUGGCUUCUACUUAAUACAUAGAUUACACAUGA